UCCAUUUCCACAAUCUGAAAUCAAUCCCCACACAAAACCCUAGCUAAACCUAAACUAGACCAAUCCUCAGAGCAGCAGCUCUUCCCCCCAUCCACAGUAGCCACAAAGCACCAUCUCUGCCGCUACAUCCCUCGUACGCCGCCUCCGACGACCCAAGAAAGCUCUGGACAGAGCUCCCAGUUGGCUGGAUCCAAGCCCCUGAGGAAACACUGGAAACAUCAUCUUGUGUUGAGUGCAUUGUGGCCUCGAUUGAUUCGUCAUCAUGAAGCUCGAGACGACGCUGUUGUGUCCUCUAGAGCAAGCUCAAGAUCUGUCCUAAGCAAUUAGGUUGGAGGUUGCUUGGUUCCUGUCUUGACCUAUGCUGACAUAUAGCUAGGAGGAAUUAUAAUUGCUUUCUAAGUAAUUAGAGCCCCAGCUACACACUUGAACAAGGUUAGAAGCAAAUCAGACCGAAUAACCAGCACAGAACUACAAGAAGGAAAAAUGCAAAAAAGAGGCGGAAGUAGGGAGGCACCUUUGACUGACUAUGAGAGAAGAAGGGAUGACAAUAUUGCUGAGAACAAAAUGAAAAUGGCAGCUCUAAAUUUAGAGUUUGCACUACAAUCUUUAAGGACAGAAGGAGCUAGCUCUUCACAACAAGCUAAGAAAACUAGUAUGAAAAGGAAAGCUGUCAGAUCAGUACCAUGUGGUGUACCAAUUGAACCACGAAAUCUUCGCCCUAGACUUGCUAAAAUUGAGACUACAAAUGAGCAUGAUGCUAAUGAUUUACGCCCUAGGCUAGCAAGCAAUGGGACUAUAAAUGAUCAUGAAGGACGCGCUGAAGAUCCUCAACUUAUGGCUGCAGAAAACAAUGGGGAUUCCAAUGGAGCGCAGCCAAAGAAAAGAAAUGGAAGAAAAUUCACUAGAAAGGACAACAUAUGGUAUUGAGAAGACGAGGCACUGAUGAAGAUGGAGUUCAAUGAAUUUGAUCAACCAGUUGGGAAAGCAGCAGUUGAGUUUCCUAAUGUUGUUGGUUCACUUGUAAGAACCAAAGGUUUCCCUCUCUGCCAUGAUGAUUGGUGACAUGUUAAUGCAGAUGCAAAGCAAUUCAUUAUUGAUGCUUUGGAGUAUGUAUAUGAGAUGGAUAAACGACUUGAAAAUUAUUCUUUGGCCACUGCUGGGAAGAAGUGGAAGGACUACAAAGCUGAUUUGAAGAAAGCUCAUUUUAAUGAGACAAAGACAGUGGAGGAACUUAUUGCAGCUUGUGAUGACAGAGUGCAACCUGAAGAUUGGGUGUGGCUUGUCGAUCAUUGGCUAUCACCAGAAGCAAAAGCUCGAAGCAUGAGAGGGAAAAUGAAUCGUGCCAAGCUGUUAACCCCACAUACCUCUGGCAGCAAGUCAUUUGCUCGUGCUCGACAUGAAUGGGCUGAAAAACUUGGGUACAUGCCACGUAGAGAUGAGAUGUAUAUCAAAACACAUACACAUAAAAACGGGACUCCAUUGAGGCAAGCUGAAGCUGCAAUUCGAGAUCUUCAAGAGGCCGUUAAAGAUCAUCCAGAAUUAAAAGAGAAAAAUGUGCAUGAAGGUGAUGUUUUCUCCCAUGUAUUUGGACGUGAGCCUAGGGGGUAUGUACGCUCUGUUGGUUUUGGACCUACCCCCUCUACUUUAGGCAUGCAUGGGCAUCGCAAGUAUACUCAAACAAAGGUUCAAAUGGCACUUCGUGGUCGACACAAAGCUGAGAAACAAGUUACAGUCCUUCAAGAAACGGUGGAUGAACUACGUGAUGAGGUUGCAGAGUUGAAGAGAUUGCUCUAUUCUUGUCAAGGUAGAAGAGAAUCUUGCCCUAAUGUUGGGAGUCCAUUAGAACAUGGUUCUAAUCCUACCCCAAAUGAGCAUACAGAGGAUAUAAGUGAGGCUGAGUCUGAGCAUGAAGUAAGUGACCAAGAAGUGAGUCCACAAGCUUACUUGCAGCAGUUACUGCGGAGGAGAGUUCCAACCAUCCUAGAAAGAAGACAUGAGGGGGGAGGCCAAGAAGUCACACUACCCUCUCUAGUGACUCCUAGCAAUCUUCCUGUGGCUAAGGCAACUAUCCAAACAAGCAACCCAAACACAUUGGUUGGUGGGACUGCUCUUGGUACAUGAUUUUGUGAAGUAGUCGUGAAUUCUGUGAUUAAAAUGGAUGCAGUAUUACCUCGCCCAUAUGGACGCAUACAAAUUAUGGGAGAUGCUUAUGGACAAUCAAUUGCUUGGCCACACACUCAUAUUAAGUAUGACGAGAAUGCAACAGGGCAAACAAGGGUUUCAUCAAGUAUUCAAUAUUCUCUUGUGUAAAAAAAAACACUUUCAUAGUGACCGCUUGUAUUUUGGUGAAACAUAUAUUCUCUUUCUCUCUGUUACAGAGAUAGAAUAUGUCACUUAGUAUUAUUACAAUUUUUUUCACAAGCUUUAGAUUGGCAACAACAUAGAUUUUUCUAAUGAAAAGUCAAAAUUAUAUUUGGUGAUCUAGCUAUAUAUUGCUUCUUAUCUUUUACAUAUGCUACAAGUAUGAUGUUUUUUAUAAAAAGUUGUAAAUGUAGCAAAAAUUUUCUGAAAUUGUUUGCCCUUCCAAUUAAGAUUGCAUAUGCAACCAUGUGGCUUACUGUCUACUUUUCUCAGGCGGUGGCAAUUGAUGUACUACCCACAUGAAUGAAGACAACACGAUGGAUGUGCAAACUCAUAUGAAGUGCAUUCCAUACCUUUUCAAUAUCUAGCCGUAGCAUGUAGCCUAUAUUUUGUACUUUUGAAUUGUGCUAAUUAGACUACACAAAGACAUGAAGCGAAAUAUUUUGGCAACUGCUGUCAUGGACAUGUUCUGGAUUUGGGUAGGAUGGAGAUAUGAGGGUAUUAGCUUUAUCACUUGUGGUUGUACUCUUGAUGUAUUCAGUGAAAAUUGAGAACAGCAUUGUUAUUCUUUUGUGAGGUUGAACCUGACUAUUAUGGGAGUUGUGGACCUUUUGAUUAGU